AGCCUGGCGGUGCUGUAGGAGGAGGUUCUCUGCUGACGUUUCAACCAACAGCAGCGGUCUCAGUACAAAUGUUGGAGCUCUCAGGAAACAAGACCAUCGUGAGAAGAACGGGAGGAACGUCACACCAAAAGCUGUCAUGGGAGCUGCAUUGGCGGCUUUUCCCUUCGUUAGCUGGGUUCCAUGUCUGUGCAGCAGUGCCACAUGUCUGGUGUGCAGCUGCUGUCCAAUCAGCAGGAACUCCACCGUGACCAGGAUCAUCUACGCUUCCAUUCUGCUGCUGGGGACCGUCGUGGCCUGCAUCAUGUUGUCACCGGGUGUGGAUCAGCAACUUAAAAGGAUCCCAGGCUUUUGUGAAGAUGGGGCAGGUUCUACCAUACCUGGCUUGCAAGCAGAUGUUGACUGCCAAAUGUUUGUUGGCUACAAGGCAGUGUACCGCGUGUGUUUUGGAAUGAGUACGUGGUUCCUCGGCUUUUCCAUUCUAAUGAUUAACAUCAAGAACAGCAGAGACCCCCGGGCUGCCAUCCACAAUGGAUUUUGGUUCUUCAAGAUUGCUGUGCUGGUGGCCAUUACAGCUGGUGCCUUUUACAUUCCAGACGGGACUUUUACCUACGUUUGUUUUGUUGUAGGCUCUGCUGGGGCGUUGUUCUUCAUUGUGAUCCAGCUGGUGCUGCUGGUUGACUUUGCUCACUCCUGGAAUGAGUCUUGGUUGGACAAAAUGGAGAAUGGGCACUCAAAGGGCUGGUAUGCAGCUUUGCUGGCUGUCACGAUCAUCAACUACAUCCUGUCCUUCAUUGCUGUUGUUCUCUUCUUCAUCUUCUACACCAAAGCUGAUGAUUGCUUCAUCAACAAGUUCUUCAUCAGCUUCAACAUGUUGUUCUGCAUGGUGGCCUCUGUUAUCUCUGUGCUGCGUAAAGUACAGGAAUCUCAACCUCGUUCUGGUCUUCUCCAGUCUUCCAUCAUCACCUUAUACACCAUGUACCUCACCUGGUCUGCCAUGAGCAACGAGCCAGAUCGAACAUGCAACCCAAGCCUGCUGAGUAUCUUUCAGCAGAUGACGGCGCCCACUUUGGCUCCCGUGGAGAUGGAGAACCAGACUGCUGUGGUGAUCAUAGGCACGGAGGAACCCAUCCUUACGUCGCCUUACCUGCAAUGGUGGGAUGCUCAGAGCAUCGUGGGGCUGGCGAUAUUUGUCUUAUGCAUCAUCUACUCAAGCAUUCGUUCCUCCAGCACCAGCCAGGUGAACAAACUGACCAUGGCCUCCAAAGACUCCACCAUCCUGGCAGAGGACGGCAAUCUGGACUCAUCGGAGGAGACAAAUGGACCGAGGAGGGUGAAGGACAAUGAGCAAGACCUGGUCCAAUACAGCUACUCCUUUUUUCAUUUCAUGCUCUUCCUUGCCUCACUGUACAUCAUGAUGACCCUCACUAACUGGUACAGUCCAAAUGCAGACUACAGCAUCAGCAGCAAGUGGCCGGCAGUGUGGGUGAAGAUCUCCUCCAGCUGGUUGUGUUUGUGCUUGUACGUGUGGACCCUGCUGGCUCCCAUCAUCCUCACCAACCGAGACUUCAGCUGAUCUUAUUUCACACGCAAAACUACCACAUCAUCAAUGUCAGCCGAUCAUGCAAGGUACGUUGCUUUAUCACUCGUAGUACUUUUAAGAAUUCAAAAGUGCCACAACUGCUGCUUGCUUCACUCGCUCAUCCUUACUGCUUCUAUUUGAUGUUUGUGUACACUCCCAUCCAAGCUACUACUGUAUGUCAUUAUUUCUGUAUCUUUAGUCACGCAUUCUACAUUUUACAUCUAUACAGUAUGUAUAUGCCUUUGCUAGUAUGUUGAUACCUAAUGACCAUUCCAUGAAGACAACUGUAGUACGAAAGCAGCACAUUCCCAUUUUUGCCAAAUAUUUCUGUACUGUACUUGUAUACCAUAUUUUCAAAUCUGAAAGGUUGAAGAUGAAACUAAAUGUUUAGAUAUUGUGCUUUUAUAACAGUGAAACAAAACAGGAAAUGUGAAAAUGAUCAUUUGUUAUCAAUGUAUUGUGUUGACAUUUUCUUUGCAUGAAACCUUAGAAUGUAAACAUUUCAGCACAUACAGUCAUGUCAUCUUGUAUUCAUUUAAAGCUUUCCAGGAUUUUUUUUAACCACUCCACACUUUUCCUAGAGGGAAUGGUUAUACAUACAGUAUAAUAAAACACUUGGGUGCAUAGGUAUGAAAAGAUUUUGGAACUUCCAUAGGAUAUAUAUAGUGUGUAUACUGUAUAUACAGUAUAUAUAUACACUCCUGAUCAAAAUCUUAAG